AUGUCGGCUAUCUAUUCAGCUAUUGGCGGUGUAAUCAAGUUGCGUCGCGUGCCAUCAACGAAGGAACGAAUACAACUGCAAGAUUCUUACCUCGCUCUUUCACUGGGGCCUCUUUGGCAUCCUCACCAUCCAAAUUUUCCUAUAUCACAAGUCGUUUUCCCGAGACAAGCUCGCAAUCAGAGUUACCUUCUAUUCGAUCUAUAUCAUGGAAGCACUGCAGACGGUUUGGGUAGCCAGGAAAGUGUACUUGUUUUGUGGAAAUGGCUUUGGAAACGCUACUUUCAUCCCUGAUGGUCGAGUGGAUUGGGCGGACGAGGCUUUUGUUGUUAAAACUGGGAUUGUUGGGUUACUAUGUCAAUGCUUUUCGGCUUGGAGAAUUUGGGUCUUGUCUAGGUCGAAGGUCAUGACAGUUUCGGUGAUCAUACUAUCGCUACUAAGUACGGUAGCGACAUUCGCGGGCGGCGCACAUAUGAUAGAAUUAGAAUACAGUUUCCCCAAGGACAUUACUAUGAUUAUAUGGGCUUCAAGUUCGGCUCUCUGCGACACCAUAAUCGCGAUUUUCAUGGGAUUGAUCCUUAAACGAUCGAAAGUAAGGGUACAAAUGGGCACUAGGACACUCAUAACCAAGAUCCUGUGGUUAACUGUGACGACGGGGACGCUGACCGCGUUUAUGGCAUUAUGCGCUUUGGCUUUGCUCGUGGCUUUUCCGAGCGCUGUUUUAUACUUCCCUGUCAUCGUGCUGAUAGGAAAGGUGGAGGCCAACAGCUACCUCGCCGUUCUUAAUUCCAGAAUUCGGCUUGGGAGUAGUAGAGAGGAUACUCAUAGGCCAUACUCCGACUUUGAGGCCAGAUUUGAGGCAGAGUUGGGUAACUCAGUCUCUGAAUCACGGCGCUCCGUACAGGUUCACGUUCAGCAGCGAGUGGAACUCCCUCCCCCGCCGGUCCUACCAACAAGCGCGAUUCCGAAGGAUGGUACGAAAAAUACGCAGGCGCUCGAGGCCUGAUCGAAACCCCGGGGCGUGUUUAUCAAUUCGCUCGCCUUCCAUGAUGUCUGGCGUUGGACCACUACCGGGGCCGGAGGUUCUACGUACAACAGCGUUCUAAGUUCCACGCCAACGCACGAGACUGCCAUUGUUUUUUUCGACGUCAUUGAAGCCCUACCUCCUCUCCAUUCAUCACAGAUUUUUUACAUCCUUCUCGUAUAGUUGUAAACAGUUUCUUGAAUGGAAAGCCCUUAGACACUCGUUUUUUUCCCC